GGACUACCGUCCAGAACCAGGGACAGCUCUCAGUACCCAGCCAGGAUGAUGAGUGCAAGCCCAGAGAGGAUCUCUUCUUACCGCCGGCACUUUGAUGAGUUCGGCAGCAGCUCAGUGGUGAGACUGAGGGUCAGCAGCCCAUCCCCUCCCAGGCAGAGAAGAUCAGCAAGCUACAGUCGGGAGACCUGCGAAGAGUACACUGUGGGCAGGAGGGCAGCUUCAGCCACCCGCCGACCCCGCAGUAUGGUGGCCUCUGGUUUUGGGGCUGUGGUGGGGCAGCUGGUGGACCUGGAAGCCGCCAGUGCAGCCAACCAAGAGUUCUUGAGCACCAGAAGCAGUGAGAAAAAGGAGAUGAUUGUUCUCAACGAUCGAUUGACCAAGUACAUCGAAAGGGUGCGAGAUCUGGAGCAACAGAACGCCACCGCCCAGGUGGAGCUGGACGCGCUCCGCAGCCGCUGUGUCCGGCCGUCUGCGCUGCGUGCGCUGUAUGAGGAGCAACUGCGGGACCUGCGCCGGGAGGCAGAGCAGGCUAAACUGCAAAGGGACAUAGCAGUGGCUGCCAAGAAAUCAGCGUCUGACCAACUCACUGCUAUAAAGAAGCACUACGAAGAAGCAGUUGAGGGGAGGAAAAAAGCUGAAGGGGACCUUGAAGCUUUCCGCCCUGAUGUGGAUGCAGCCACUGCAGCUCGAAUAUCACUAGAAAAACAGCUGGAGACCCUGGAAGCAGAGAUUGCCUUCUUACUGAGAGUUCACGGGGAGGAGACUGAAGAACUGAUGAAGCGCAUCUACAAUCUGACCGCCUCCUGUGAUCUCUCAUUCUCCAUCCCAGACUUCGCUGCUGCUCUAAGGGACAUUCAGACAGAAUAUGAAGAAAUUGCAGCCAAGAACCUGCAGGAGAUGGACGAGUGGUAUAAAAGCAAAUUUGUUGACUUCAGUCAAGCUUCUACAAAACAUGUGGAAAGAGUGAGACAUUACCGAGGAGACAUGGCAAACUGCAAGAGAAGCAUUAAAAGCAAAGAAAUGGAGCUUGAAUCGCUCAAGAACAGAAAUGCCAGUUUGGAAGCUCAAGUUAAGGAAACUCAAGAAAAGAACAGGAAUGAGAUAGAAGAAUUACAGGAGAAAAUAAGAACGUUGGAAGAGGACUUGAAGUCACUGAAGGAGAAGAUUGCUUUACACAUGCGGGAAUAUCAGAAUUUACUAAGUGUGAAGAUGGCAUUGGAUAUUGAGAUAGCCACAUACAGGAAACUCAUUGAAGGGGAGGACAGUAGACUUGGUGCUUCUGUGGGUGGAGUGUUCACCCAGAACAAAGUGUUAUCAUCCCUGCAAGUGAGCUCUUCUGAGACCAUCUCCAAACACCAGUGUGUGGAGCGCAACGAGAGGACAACAGUGCACCUAAGCUAAGAGUGACAAAGAGAAUGUGAAAGGACUGAAGGUGCUUCUCCCAAAGUGUUAUGGGUUGUGUGCUACCAAAAUGAACUGGAGGGUCAGUCCAUAUGAAGCAAAGAUCAGUGGCCACAUUACUGCUAGCGCUAUUGCAUUAUUGUAUUAGUUAAAACUGGAUCCCAUUGCAGCUCCUGGGGCGAUUCUCACAGUGAAUAACAAUAAAAACAAAAACAAACAAAAAAAAAUCCACAAUGGCUUGCUGAAUAAAGUUUCUAAGCAUU